UCUUGAACCCCAUAGAAAGGCUUUACUACUAUUACUGGUCCAAACUCAUCAUAACCAUGAAUCCAUAGAAUCCAAAACCACCCAAACCAAAUCCAAAUGACUCUAUUAUUUCUUAUUCGAAUUCUUCCACCUUCGUCAUCUUCUUCUCUUCUUCCCACUCUCUACUGUGAUACACCGCCAGCUUGCUCACUCCACGCGCGUUUCCGUCAUCGGAAUUAACUCCACCGCGUUCCGAUCGCCUUCAAUCACUCCAACACGUCCUCGAUCGCUCUUUCCCUCACAAACUGUCGCUCGAUUCCGAAGAAACUCUACUCUUGAAAAUGCCGGAGAUUCAGUUGGGUUCUCACACAGUAAGGUCUCAUGGAGUACAAGUGGUGAGGUUUCAUAUGCAUGAUUGGCUGAUUCUGGUGGUUCUUGCGGCCAUAUACCUUGGUCUGAACAUGAUAGAGCCUUUUCAUCGCUUUGUUGGUGAGGAUAUGAUGACAGACCUGAAAUACCCGUUGAAAGGCAAUACCUUUCCCUUCUGGAGUGUUCCGAUAAUUGCAGUAUUGAUACCGCUUGCCGUCAUUCUUGUUUACUACUUCAUCAGAAGGGAUGUCUAUGAUCUGCACCAUGCCAUUUUAGGCCUUUUGUUUUCUGUCUUUAUAACUGCUGUAUUAACUGAGGCAAUCAAAGAUGGGGUUGGGCGACCUCGUCCAGACUUCUUUUGGCGUUGUUUCCCUGAUGGAAAAGGGGUGUUCCAUAACGUCACAGGAAAUGUCAUGUGUACUGGAAAGAAGAGUGUCAUUAAAGAAGGACACAAAAGCUUCCCAAGCGGGCAUACUUCAGGGUCCUUUGCAGGUCUUACUUUUAUCGCAUGGUACUUGUCAGGGAAAGUGGGGGUAUUUGACCGUAAGGGACAUGUUGCAAAACUAUGUAUUGUGUUCUUUCCUCUACUUCUUGCAGCUAUGGUAGGAGUUUCUCGAGUUGAUGACUACUGGCAUCACUGGCAAGAUGUUUUUGCUGGAGGUCUUCUAGGUGUCACUGUUUCUUCAUUUUGUUACUUGCAAUUCUUUCCAAUGCCAUAUGACACUGAUGGUUGGGGACCUUAUGCGUACUUUCAGAUGCUGGCAGACUCUGAAAGUGCUCAGCCACUGUCCACCAAUGCAAAUUAUCUGAACGUCCAGCAAGAAGAACUCGAGAGUAUAUACAUCCAUCAUCAGCAGGUUAUUGAAGCAUCACAAACCAGCAGUGGAGACACAAACCUCAUGCUAAAUGGUGGACGAAUACACUAGCUCCAGGCUGUGAAUGAAUGACUGCAGAAAGAAGUAAAGAGUUGGUAAUCAGAUAGGAUGUUCACACUGUAGGAUCUGCGGGUGUGCUUGAAUUUCACUACAGAUUCCAAAAUCUAUAGUCCUUAGUAUAUUUGGACCACUCCAUCGUACUCGAUUUGUUUUAGGAUUCUUCUUGAUGUUCAUAUUACAUUGCUUCUAGAUGCUUGUUGGUCUCAAUUCUAAAGAGUGGAGAGUUAAAAGUCUUCCAGUUUGCAUAUGUACACGUUAUAUGUUUGCUUUGAAUUAUAUAAUGAACGCACACCAACAUUA